GUCGACGCAACUUCACCCGUUACUCUGCGCACGCGCAAAUUCAUCACAAACCGUCUGUUGCAACGCAGACAGAUGGUACUGGACGUGAUCCACCCUGCGCGCGCCAACGUUAGCAAGGCUGAGCUGAGCGAGAAGCUGGCCACGAUGUACAAGGCGAACAAGGAGCAAUGCGUCAUCUUUGGUUUGAGGACCCACUUUGGUGGUGGAAGAUCGACCGGUUUCGCCCUCAUCUACGACUCUCGCGAGAGCAUGAAUUUUGAACCUCGUCACCGUCUUGUCAAAGCUGGACUUGCUACCAAGGUUGAGAAGCCUUCUCGCAAGUUGCGAAAGGAGCGCAAGAACCGUCAAAAGAAGCUGCGUGGUACUCAAAAGAAGAAGGUGAGUUGGGAGGCGCGUCGCUUGAAGCGAUUGUUACGGUGUGCUCACACGGUCGACUCAUUCUUUAGGGUGCCGAGGCCAAGAAGAAGUAAACGACACGCUGUUCACAUUCAUACAUCGUCUGGCUUUUACACUGGCCCAACUCGCUUCGACACUUCUACGCACUCGACCAACACCUCACGCAAAACAUGCCUUGAUUCUCUUGUCAUCAUCAGUCCAUGCUUCCAGCUCCUGCUUCAUCGCUCAUCGCGCGUCGAAAGGGGACUGCGAAAGACAACAACUACAAAAGCAAUGACUUCCAUUACUUUGUACAGUGUCCCGGCUCGCUAG